AUGAGUGAUAUCAGCUUUACUUGCGAAGGUUCAGACAAGAUAUUCUAUGCACAUAAAUACGUCUUGAGCACAAGUAGCGCCGUAUUUCAUGCCAUGUUUUAUGGCGGCUUAGCUGUGGAAGAUUCGAUUGUUCAUUUGUCUGAUACAAACGAAGAAAGUUUGGAGCAGUUUUUGAGAUUUCUUUACACGGAGGAAUGUACAUUGACCGCAGACAAUGUUGUUGCCACCAUGUAUUUGGCAAAGAAGUAUAUAAUUCCUUCGCUCAAUGUGAAAUGUGUUAAUUUCCUGCUGGAAAACCUAAAUCCUGAAAAUGUGCUGGAUGUUUUGGAGGAAGCGACUCGUUUUGAUGAGAAAAAAUUAGAAAAACGAUGUUGGAAAAUUAUAGAGUCUAGAACAGGCAAAGUGGUAGCUUCUGAUAGUUUCAAUAACACUAGUCAAACGACCUUGGCUAAAUUACUGAAGCGAGACAAACUGAAAAUACCAGAAGUGGAACUGUUUCAAGCUGUUUUGAAAUGGAUUGAUUUCCAAUGCUCGCGUAAGAAUUUAGAAACAACAGGUGAGAACCGAAGGUCUAUUAUUGGCGAGGGAAUCUAUGAUUUUCGUUUUUUUGGCAUGAGCCAGAUAGAGUUUAUUCAACAUGUUUCCAAAUCUGGUUUGUUAACUUCUGGUGAGUUAGUUGCAAUUUCCAAUAGAUAUAUUGGAAUUGAUUCGCCUGCGUUGAAAUCGAACCUACCGAAUAGGAAACCAGAAACUGUGGUCAGGUUUUCCAGAUUUUCUAGAAAGGCAGAGGAACUGCGGGACACGUGGCUAUAUAGUCACACACCAGAUCGCCUGUGUUUUUCUGUAAAUGAAGAGGUGUCCCUGUUUGGUGUUCGUUUGUUUGGAGACCAAGAUGGGAGUUAG